AUGACGGACAAAAUCCCCAAAGCAAAUCUUUUCGAGCUUAUUCUUCGCCUCGAGAAGGAAUCCGGUAAAGCUCUCCAGGUCGAUUGCACCGUCCAACAGGGAACCUUCCUCUUCGAGUCAAGGACCGACAACAGACGUACCACAUGUGAGAAAGUGACCACUGGCAGUACGUUUACCGUCAAUGCUGGCUCCUAUGGUGUCAUUCGUGCGUAUCCAUCUCCAGAGAAUCAGACUACAGCACCGAAAGGGAGCGUCAAGGUGAAAACCAGCGCAGGGCAAGAGGCGACCUACCCAUUUCCGUGGGAGCAGCCUCCCGCGUCGAAGCUUGGCAAUAUCGACGAGUGCAAGACACAGGAGGUACUCUAUCCAGAUGUUAUGAUUGUGGGCUCCGGCCCCUUGGGGGCGACGUAUGCGAGGAAGAUUAUUACAGAUAAGCCGGCCGCAAAGGUUAUGAUGGUUGAAAUGGGGGCACAGGAGAGUGUGGUUGUGGGUGAACACAAGAAGAAUUCGGUGGCAUAUCAGAGAGAUAUUGACAGUUUUGUGCACGUUAUCAAGGGCGCUCUUAGUACACUAUCAGUUCCAAUGAAAGGGGACUCGAAGUCGCACCCAUGGCCCUGGGCGGGCGGGAAUCAUAACAGCGCCUGGGUUCAGAGGGGCCAGAACCCAGACCAAAAUCAGUACACAAACCUUGGGGCCUCUGCAGCAACUCGAGUUGUCGGUGGGAUGGCAACGCACUGGACCUGUGCUACUCCACGACAGCUCAAAGGCCUCGAACGGAGCGAGUUAUUCACUGACAAAGAAUGGGAAGAUCUUUAUAAAGAGUGUGAAGGAUAUCUUGGAACCAGUAGGAAUGAGUUCGAGGGAUCAAUUCGUCAUCAACUUGUGAAGAAUACUCUCAAAAAAUCUUUCACAGAAAUGUUCCCUGGUACUGGCCGUGAAAUUCUGUCUCUUCCCUUGGCUGCUAAGCGUGACCCUCAGAACCCGAGCUUUGUUAUUUGGGCGGCUUCGAACACGAUCCUGGGGAAUACGGUCGAAAAGCUCCACCUAUAUCCGAACCAUCAAUGUACAAAGCUUCUCACACACGGGAAUGAAGUCCAACUUGCCACGAUAAAGAACCUCUCUCUCACACAUGGACGCCUCUAUGUCUGCGCGAAGAAAAACGUCGUCUGUGGCGGUGCUGUACUCACACCUCAGAUACUCUACAACUCUGGUUUCCGCUGUGAGGGCACAAGUGGGCCAGUACUCCCUAAGCUGGGAAAAUAUAUGACGGAGCAGCCCAUGGCGUUCUGCCAGGUCAUUCUCCAUGAGGAGCUAGUGAAACCGCUUGAUCCAGAGCAUCCAACCUUCCCCGAAUGGGUUACGCCGGAGCUUAAGGCGAAGAUAGUGGAGCACCGAAAGAAGCACCCCGAGGAUCCAUUACCAUUCCCGCUUGAUGAUGCAGAGCCACAGAUCACAACCCCCGUGCACCCCGACUGGCCCUGGCACACACAGAUCCAUCGGGACGCCUUUUCGUACGGUGAUGUGGCACCAAACAUGGACUCGAGACUCGUGGUCGAUCUUCGAUGGUUCGGCAUGGUUGAACCUGAAGAAGAUAACAAAGUUACGUUCAGCGACAAAUAUUGUGACCAGUUUAACAUGCCACAGCCUACGUUCAAUUACGUGCUUCAGGAGGCGGCGAGAGAAAGGUGUCAUCGAAUGAUGGAAGACAUGAUUCGUGUCUCUCUUAAACUAGGCCGUUAUAUUCCCGGCUCUGAGCCACAGUUUAUGGAGCCCGGGCUCGCACUUCAUGUUUGCGGAACAACGCGGGCUGGUACAAGCCGUGACGAUUCGUGUGUUGACAAGGAUUCGAAGGUCUGGGGAGUCAAUAACCUGUGGUUGGGCGGGAAUGGAGUUGUCCCCGGGAUGAACGCCAGCAACCCCACGUUGACGAGCAUGUGUUUUGCGGUCAGAGGGGCCAAUAAGCUCAUCAGUGAGCUCUGA